UUGCCGCGUGUGUGUGUGUGUGUGUUUGCUCGUGUGUCUGCGUGCCUACGUAUUGGACCGUGAUCCUUCGUCACUUUGUUGCUUGUGGAAAAUUUGAAAUUGCCUGACGAUGUCCGCGAUAGUGUAUCAAAUUAUCGGGCUGUGCGAAAAUUACACCGAUUCCGUGUGCAAGGUUAUGGUUAGCUGAGCAGGGACGUGUCUCAGUUUAACGAGGAGAGCUUUUGUUCGCUUUGCAGGAAAGAUUCCGUGUUUUUCUUUCUAAUCUCGCAAGAACUUAAAACUUGUUCGCAAGAGCGUACGUCAAUCCAAUUAGUUUUCCAACCGUCGGGAACAGAUUGGCGCGUUAAUUACUUGGGGAAAAAACUCGUGACUUUAGACAAUCAAACUACAGUUAAGAUGAUCGGCUUCUCUGAUGUCUUACGCGGCAAAAAUAUGUAAACUUUUUGUGCGCCAGAGUUUCGUGACCAGGUGCAAGCACGUGUAAACUAAUCUAAAGAGGAAAUAGAAACUUUCUGUUGGAAUUCCAACGGACAUCCACACGUAUUAGUAUAUUAUCAAGAUUACGAUAAGGCUGCAUGCUGAUUUCUUUACUCGAUGCUUGAGUGAAGUCAUCGCCAGUGAAUAACUGAUUUGACGUUUUUAGGUAUAUAUAUAGGGGGAUUAUACGGUUUUAAACCCACAGACAAGUUCCCGCGUGGAACCUGCACCAAAUGCAGCAGAGCUUGCGGAUUAGAAAUCAAGUUUUUACACUGGGAAAAUUUCAAAUCAAGAGUCUCGCCUUGCACACGUGCAAAUUCAGUAAAAGGAUCGACAGUUCAAGAAAAGAAAGAAACAAACAAGAUCACAGACAGCAGAGAUUCGUAUCUAUAGAGCCUGGAGUGUACUGUGGGUAUAGUUAGUCGAACGCGCCUUCCCCCAUCACAAUGAAUACGCUGAGAAGGAAGAGUGGUACUCUGAAGCGUAAAUACGACAGCUGGAAGAGGCACAGUUUCAGCAGCCUGUCGUCUGCACUGUCUCUUUCCGUCACCACGGGUGACGAAGGAAGCAAGUCCGGCACCCCAGAGCACGGUAGCAUCCUUAAAUUCGACUCGCCCCAGGCAAAGGGGAAGCUAGACGCACAGCAUAGGAAGCUAGAAAUGCGCAAGUUGAAGCAGCGAGAGAGGAUCUACUUGCGUAAUUUUUCUACGCCGAGCCUCGCCCACAGGAAGCCCUCCUCGAACGCGUGCAGGGCGACAGAGGAAGCUGCUGCUUGCUGUACGGGGAAGGACGAUGUGCGACUGCCUAGCAGGGCUCCCACUCUAUCUUCAUCCAACAGGUUGCCCGAGGCAGUGUUCGGUGACAGGGACGUGUCAGAGUUCACAGGUCCGUUCAGAGCGACGAAGAUAUGGAAUGACAUCAUAGAGCAUUUGAGGGAGAGGGUCGAGGUCAAGCGAAGACGUCAGAAGGUCAAAUACUUUGAUUGCUGCUUCACAGGUCAGGAUGCUGUCAACGUGUUGCUGCGAUACCUGAUGCAGGACUCGGUCAACUUCGGAUGCGAUGUCUCACGAGAGAAAGCAGUGAAGCUAUGUCAGGCCCUCAUGGACUACAAUGUCUUUGAGCCCGUGUCCCCAGCCUCACCGAUGGACAGCCCCAAGAAAUUCCAGGACAUGGCAACGAAGCUCUACCGGUUUACCGCCACCGAGCAAACGGAGAACAGAGACUCGAACACGCCACACAGACCAGAGGACAGGAUGAGGAUACGUAAAUCUAUCGAACCAGACCUCAUCGACGGCGAGGGAGUGAUUUCUAACCCGAUGGUACUCACUGCCAAUGGUAAGAACGUGCAGGAGGAAUUAGCGAAGGCAGGAAGAGUCUUUAGCGCACCGCAGAAGCGCAGCUGCAGCCAUCGAGAUGAGAUACCAGAAGGGGAACCAACGGCGGUGUCUGAUGCGCAUGCGAGUGCCCAACCCAGGUUGCUGGCGGACGAGGAACACUUUCUACGCAAGUCUAUACGAAGGUUCGCGGCCGUACGAAGCAGCGCGCGCGAGAGUCAGGGCGUCCGCAGAAACAUGAUGAAGAGCACGUCGCUACCAACGGUGCCAUCUAUAGGGAAAAGCCAGAACUACGGGCUUUCCGAUAACGUUGUGGGCGAUGUGUGGCGGGAGAUCUCCUUGCUGCGGUUGCUUCUCGUCGUUGAGAUUCCGAUCAUAGAGGGCAUCAUUCAUGACGAGGACAAGCCUGCACUGCCACCUGGUGGCCACCACUUUGUUGCACCGACCAACGUCAUGCGUAAACACAACAGCUGCUCAGCCGUCACAGACAGUUACCUGGAUGUGUGGACAGAGUCGGCUUUCAGCUGCCUAAACCUCGAAUCGGAAUCCUACAAAAAAACUUUAGAGAAGCCAGAGACAAAUACCAUAGUGAACCAUACGGACUUCAAAAUUCGUUUGUUCAAAGCGGUUGCUAGUUGCUACACGAAGCUGCAAGAUCCACUGAUAGCGGGACGGAUGUUUGAUGUGUUUCUUGUGAUUUUCACCACACUGAUUGAACAGCAAAAGACAGCAUCUGCCAUAGAAGCAUUGCAGUUGGCUGUGCUGCUGUUGCCGAGCCAUCGGAGGGAGCAGCUCAAGCAUCUGUUUGAAUUCAUGAAGACUGUGUCACAGGACACGUUCAUUAGGCUAAGCAAGCAGAUGAGCAACAAGGAAGUUAUGCUGCACACGUUCACGAGCGCCAUUAUCAGAAGCCCACUGCUGUCCAGCCAUCGAGCUGCUACGUAUCUAGGCUUCAUCUUGGAACAUAAUGAUGGUGUCUUCACCGUGCCUUGCGACAUUGAGAUGCAAGUGGAUAGACAGUUGCGCACACUUUCCAGUGGUCUUGAUGCUGCGGUUAUCGAGACGACAUACUGCGAGCAGGUGUCGGAGGAGGAGUUUGAGCGGCAGCGGCAGGAGACGUCAGAGACGGCGCUGAAGGAUCUCGUUAACUCCAUCAUCGACGACGCGUCGACCUCGCUCCGCAGCAAGAAGCACUGGCUGAAGAAGCUGCAGAAGUGCCAUCCGGACAUAUACGACAAGCACUUUGCCGACAUGUUGUGAGAGGGAGAAAAAGAGCGUCCGUUCGCGCUAUGCGGCUACGCUGAUGUUGGUUGAUCCUUCAAGUAAUAUUAUUUUGUUCAUAUAUUUGUAUAUUGGCUAAUUACCCAUUGAUGCUAAGCGGUGUUAUUUUGUGGUUGGGGUAGGUGGUGAAAAUUUUGAUUAGCUGCCCCAACAAUUUGUUCCAAAUCCAAUGGCUCAGUAUUUGUAUAGAUUUCUAAUUUUAUAUAUAUGUAUGUUGAAAAUGGUGACUGUUCACUGUCUCAUUUUGUAGAUAGUGAAAUGUAAAUUGGCCGUAUUUCAUAUCAUCAUGAUCUCGUUUCUACUGUUCGAUUUACAAAAUUAUAAAUAGGAUGAAAACUGGGAUAUUAUGGCAAACGGUAACACGAGUCAAUUAAUACUAUAGUCAUUCCUAUUGUCAUGCUAUCAAGAGCUUAUCAGCUAUUAUAUAUAAUUAAUAAUUGGCAUACUUGAUAGUACCCUUCUCUAGAGAACUGGCAUUGCAUCUGUAAGUUGGGCUCAUAGGGUCUAUGUCCCCCAGGGUACUGCCGGAACGUACCCUGGUAACUAUCUGAUAUGGUUAGGGUUA